AUGACGGCCUUACCGGUGCUGUAUAAGGUAAUAACAUUACAGAAUCUACACUCUUUGUAUAUACAAUCGUAUCAAAGACAGGAGAAGGAGAUCACUCUUGAUAUGGAUAAACUUCGGUCAAACAUAAACGCUAGUCCGUUGAUAGAUCCAGCCUACGAUCUAUGUCAGAUAGACACACAAAAAGUUCAUAAGGAUAACCAGACUAGCCAAGUGAUUAGUGGCGAGCAGAUUGUCGAAAUAAUCAACGAAUUCUUUUCAGAAAAUGGUGGCCAAGCAUUGAUUCCUAUUUCGACUAAUGUGUUCAAGAUUUCAGAAACUAUCAGCAUAAAUACGAUAAAGGAUCGACUUAUUAAAGUCUUAAACCAUUACAAAAACACAACUCUGAGAGAAGUAGCAGCUUUGGAGGCGCAAUAUCACCUAUUAAGGACACAAAAAGAGAAAGUAAUUGCCUCAGAAGUAUUGAAAGAGGAUGAGGAUGAGUCUAUAGAUGAAGUUGAAGACAAUAAACCUGAAGAAGCGGAAACCGCCAGGAAAGAUUACAAAGUGGAUGAGCCUCAGGAGGAGCAGCAAGAUGAAGAUGAGAAGAGCCCAGCUCCAAAGGAACCAUCUAAAAGUGAACUGAGCACUGGUGGUGAAUUUUCCAAUGGCAGUAAGGAGGAAGAGAAUAUGGAACAGGCGGAAAUUUUGAAAGAGGAAGACACUUCUGAAGAGCACAAAGAGAACAAAAAUGAGGAACCUGUUAAGGAGCUUGAGGAGACGGAAAACACAAAAGAUGAGAAUACUGAGAAGAAAGUUGAAAGUACAGCAGAAAGCCAAAUAGAACAACAACAUGAUAUUGAUGUCAAGUCAGAGAAAGCAGAUGACGAAAUUGGUGAAAAGUCAGAUCUAUCUGAAAAGACGGAGGAAAAUCAUUCCGAGAAAGAAGAAUUAGUCGAUUCAACCUUCAAUUCUGGAAUACAACCAACUGAAACUACCGACAGUGACCAACAGAUGGUUGCUGAUAGGACUAAGCAAGAUCAGGCAAUUGGUGAGAAGAAACCCAUAGAUAACGACUUUGAUGGUGAUUCUUCCAGUAAGGAAAAAUCUAGUGAAGUAAUCAGUGAGACACUUAAUGGUGAAUCUAGCCCAGAAAAGUCUCAAGAGGAGGACAAUAAUCAGGAGGCAAAUGCUACAGAGGAAAGCCCGGAGGAACAGGAGGGUCAACCAGAAGAAUCACGGGCAGAAGAAAAGUUGAGUGUGGAAACUACUGAUGACAAGAGUUUGCUUGACCGAGAAUCUCCUUCUAAAGAAUCUGAACGAAAACGUUCCCAUGAUGCAGAUGAAUCAGAACAAGAGAUCUCUCCAUCUAAAAGACAGAAGAAAGAGGAUACACAAAAGUCCAUCAAAAAGUUCCAAACAAUUGCAUCAAAUCUUAUCUCCCAAAUCUCCUCUAAUAGGUUUGCGUCUACCUUUUUGGCACCCGUGAACAAAUCUGAGGAGCCUGAAUAUUACAAGAUUGUUAAACAACCUCAAGAUCUGAAGACCAUUCUCAAGCACUGCAGAAAUGGGGAGAUAACCACCUUUGACGAAUUGACUAAAGUUCUACAGAUCAUGUUUACAAAUGCCAUCAUCUAUAACGAUGAAGACAGUGAUGUUUCGAAGCUAACGAUUGAAAUGAUGGAAGAAACUACUAAGAUUAUAGAGCUGUUCAGAGAAAGUCUGGAUUAG